ACUAUUUUCUACGACUUUUCCGAAUAAUACAUUCACGUUACAAACGCACCAACAAUUAUAUAAUACCAGCACCAGAAACACACACACAAAGCAAAAAAAGACAACAGCACAACAACGACCACAUUGUCACGCACGCCGAACAAUUCAGUUUUUGCCACGCUGAGAGCGGCAUUUUGAGAGAGCGCAAAAGUUGUUCUCUCUGCGCGGUUUUUGUUGCUGCACCCGGUCGAUUUUUUACAGUUUGUUUUUAAAAACGCAGGAACAUGGACAUGCACAGGCUGAUCGCUGAGGUUAGGCGGAUGCCGGCCCUGUGGGAUUCAUCGCAUCCGGACCACGCAAAUCGUCUGGAGACGCAGCGGCUGUGGAACAACGUGGCAGACAUAUUGGGCUGUAAUGUGGACUUGUGUCGCGCCAAAUGGAAGAAUUUACGCUGCAGCUAUCGCCGGCAUAGCCGGCGGCAGAGCCUGUCCAAGCAGCAAUCCUCACCCUCGCCGAUCCACCAGUGGUCUUAUGCUGAGGAAAUGGACUUCCUUGGCAAUCUGCAGCGCAACGACAGCAGCACCAACGAGGAGGAGGAUGGGGAUGUGAAGGAGGAAGCGGGGUCGGAUUCGGACAUGUCAUUUAAGAGAGAGGCGCUGCCGGCUGACGAAAUGGAGGCGGAUAAUGAUGCACUGAUGCAGGAAUUCCAGAACAUGGCCACCCCCCAGGCCCUGCGCCGGCUCUCGCAGAGCAUUUCACUGGCCAGUGCCGCCGCCGAGGAGAGGUCUAUGCCGCAACAAGCCUCCCCAUCUCCGUCCACCAGCGGAUUGGGAUUUGGUCAGAUGCAAGGACUAGGAUUGGGACUAGGACACGGACACGGACUUGGUUUGGGCAUGGGAAUGAACAUUGGAACUGCAAUGGCAGCGGCGGCCGCCAGCAGUUGCCAGUGUGCCAAGCGCGUAGACGAGCAGGUAAACUUUCUGGAGGGCCUGAAACGCGAGGAGCAACAGCUGAUGCAGUCAACCAGCCAAGAUCUGGCGCGCUGUAAGAAUGUGCUGCAUGUGGGUGACUCCGACUAUAAUUACCUCAUCAGCUUUAUGCCGCUGAUGAAGCAAAUGACGCCCAUCCAGAACGUUUACUUUCGGGCCAAGAUGGGAGAACUCCUGCUGCAGACGAUGCAGCAACAGCCGCCAGUGCAGCUCCAGCAGCAGCAACAACAGAUGAUGCUGCAACAGCAGCAACGCCAGCAGCAGCAGCAACAACAACCAGAGGAGCCACAGCCCUCGCAAAUGUUAUUGAACCAGCAGCAGAUGGCCUUGGACCAGGCGGAGUUGCAGUAACAUUCGCGAGUGUAGCGAAUAGUGGGAGAGGGAAACAGCAAGACAGUCGGAGAGAGAGAGAGAGAGAUACAAAGAGAGCGUGCACCGGUUGAAUGCGCCUGUCUGUCCAGUGCACUGUGGUCACAAAGUAGAGAUUACAUGUUGUAGAUGUACAAUGUAGAUGUUGAAUGUACGAAUAAAUACUCGUAAAUGUAUGAUUUA